AUGCUCUUCUCCGAGGAACACAAGGCGCUGGCGUCGGUCGAUCCCGAGGCGACGCCGGACGAGCGGUUCGGUGGUUUCUGGAACUCGGUGUGGAACCUCGGCGUCGCGGCGGAGGACGCGGCGCGAACGGUGGCGUUGGCGGAUCUGCACGAUCGAGGGGGGGCGGAGGAGAUGGAAAGGCCGGGCGCGGAGGAGGCGGACGCCGUCGCGCGCACGGCGGAGGCGGUUGAAAGGGAGCGACGUCGGGAGCGUGAACGGCUUCGAAGCAUUCGACGACGACGGAAUCAGACGGAGGAACAACGCGAACACGAGCGUCAGCGCUCGCGGCGUCGACGUCAGGCGAUGUCAGCCGAGCAGAAGAAGGCGCACGCGCGCGCGAAGCACAAGCUUCGAAAGACGAUGAAGCAGCGGAAGGAAACGCUCCAGGCCGCGGAGGUCCUCGCGACCGUGGUCGCGGAAACCCAAUGA